AUGCGGGAAAUUUCCAUAUUUGAUGGCGGCGUUGAUGCGCUCGAUGCUCAAAUCGCUGCUCUUAACGAGGAGGUCUUCGAUGAAUCUCGGAAACUAUUCGUUCUGUAUUUGGGAAAUCUAGACCCAGUAAGUGGUGAAAGCUGGUGUUCCGAUUGCAACCAGGCACUGCCAGUUCUGAAGAAAAACGCCCAAGCUCUUCUAGGUGAGAAUGAUGUCUUAAUUUCCUGUGGAGUGGGGGAGAAGGAGCAGUGGAAAAACAAUCCGGAGAAUGAGUUCCGAGUGCGUAAGAAGCUCACGGCAGUUCCGACUUUGGUAGAGUUGAAAACGGAGAGAAUUUUAGUGGAAGAAGAUUGCAGCGACAAACAUUUGGUUCCAAUGAUGUUCAAAGGAGAGCAAUAA